AUGUCUGACGAUCGCAAGAGGAAGCUCGACGAUCCAGUCGACGUUCAGUCUACAUUUACCAAGAUCAGAAAGCCAGACACUCCUGAGGGCCGCCGGAGCGAAACACCCAAUGGCAACAAGGAGGAUGCUGCUGCGAAGGCUGCCGCUGCAGCUGCCAGAAUCAACGCCAUGCUUGCUGCUAAGGCUCCCGAGGCUUCCAAAUCUGCUGACGCUGCUGCGGGUGAAGAGAAGAAGCCCGCCGCGGAGAGACCCAAGGACAUCUAUGUGCAAGACGACGACUAUAUCAAGGACAUCGAAAUCAAUGACUUGAGGAACCGCUACCUCCUUACCAAAGGAUCCACACAAUCAGAGAUUAAACAAAAGACCGGAGCCGAUGUCACCACCCGUGGAAAGUACUAUCCCGAUAAAUCGAUGGCGACCGAACGCGACCCGCCGCUUUACCUCCAUAUUACCAGCCGAACCCGUGAAGGACUUGAGCAGGCGAUUGAGGAGGUGAACCAGUUGAUGAACACGGAGCUCCCGAGUCUUAUCGACGAGAGACGUUUGAGACGCUUUGGGCCGAGACCGGAUGAGCCCGGAGUUGAGCGGGACGAGUUUGGAAGGCGCAAAUGGCCGGAGGAGAAGGUGUACAUCGGUAUGGAGUCUAUGCCCGGAUUCAAUGUCCGCGCACAGGUCGUGGGUCCACAGGGUGCCUACGUCAAACACAUCCAAGGCGAAACCCGCAUGCGCGUUCAAAUCAAAGGUCAAGGCUCCGGCUUCAUCGAACAAGCCAUCGGCCGCGAAGCCGACGAACCCAUGUUCCUCCACAUCACCGGCCCGGACGCACAAGGCGUCCAACGCGCAAAAGAGAUGUGCGAGGACCUCCUCAAAACUGUGAAGGAUGCGUACGAACAGCACAAACUCCAGCCUCGUCAGCAGUAUAAUGACCGUGGUCAUGGAGGUGGACGGGAUUAUAACCGUCAACACAGCCAGGGCCAGAGCCAGAGCCAGGGGUAUGGAACACCCGGUGCGAGCUCGGCUUCGCCGGCGCCGAGUGCGGCCGCUGGGGGUGCAAGUGGUGCUGCGGAUCCGUAUGCAGCGUAUGCUAAUGGGCAGGACCCGUAUGCUGCGUAUGGAGGCUACCAGGCGUAUAUGGCGUACUAUUACCAAUACUACGCUGCUGCUCAGCAACAAGCCGCGGCAGGCGGUGCUCCUGGUGCUGAAGGUGCCACUGCUGGUGCUGCGACGGGUGCUGGGGCAGGUCAGGAUUAUGCCGCUGCUUAUGCUGCUUACUACCAACAGCAGGCCGCUGCUGCCAGUCCUCAGCCUCCUGCUCCAGGUGGUGCUCCUGGUGCUCCCCCUGCUCCCGGUACGGAUUCGCAGCCUCCUCCACCGCCUCCGGGUGCGGCACCUGGUACGGGCAGCUACGGUGCUGUGCCGCCUCCGCCGGGGUUGUAA